UGUUUUACCGCUACUACAAGUACUACCCGUUACUCACUAGUAUGCGGCACGUACUACUACUACUAUUACUACUACUAUUACAACAAAAACAGUGCAUAGUACUAUACAUGUGAUCGGUGCCCAUGUGUGAAUAUGAUUACGUUUGUCAAGCGAUUGGGGUUGAGUGUUGCAUAGCGGAGACGAAAAUGCCGCGCUUCCGAAAUUGGGUCAGGGCUACGUAACGAUCAAUAUUACGCGCGCCCUCUCGACGGUAACCACGGUUCCGACGCAUCGCGAUCUGCCUUAUCAGCACAACAUAAUUAUCAGUUUCGCAGCUCGUGUUCCGUUCAAAAAAUGGGAUCAGUCGGGUCUAGUAUCUCGGUCGUUCGUCGCAUCUUAAUAUUUAUCCCGUCCGCGUAUAACGCCUUAAACAUAUUAUUAUUAUUGUUAUUGCAUGGUUAUUGCGGGUGAAACGCGACCGUUGCGGCAAAUGCGUGAACCAACGAGCGGAUAAAAACUAUCGUUGUCGAGCGGGGGUAGCGCCCGAUAUUUCGAGCACUAACAACAGUUACAACACGAUAAUAUGUAUGAAACAUAAAUUCACUUGAACGACACAAUGCAUUCGUCAUGUGGUCACUUCAGUCUCAUUCAAGACGGUUGUGGUGCCAUAUCUUCGGCCAAAACCACUGUGGAUACUGUACCUUUAUUCACCAAAAAACCUCCCAAUACAAGAAAACCUAACAUAUCAGAUGAAGAAGCGAAAAACUUCGACAUUGUCAAAGCCACUCAGCAUGGACUACUAAACAGGUGCAUAGAAAUCAUAGAAAGUGGUUACGAUGUCAACACUCCAGAUCCUCAAAAUAUCUAUCUCUUACAUUGGGCUGCUAUCAACAAUAAGUUAGAUUUAAUUAAGUAUUAUAUUUCUAAAGGCGCGAUUGUAGAUGCUGUAGGUGGAGAUUUACGAGCAACCCCAUUACAUUGGGCCACUAGGCAAGGCCAUUUAUCUGCAGUAGUUUUGUUAAUGAAUAAAGGUGCUGAUCCAUGUUUUUAUGAUAUCGAAGGUCGCACCUGCUUACAUAUUGCUGCACACUUUGGCUUUACAGCAAUCGCAGCAUAUUUGAUUGCUAGAGGUGUAGAUGUCGACUUAAGAGAUAAAAAUGGAAUGACGGCACUCAUGUGGAGUUCAUUCAAAUCAUUAGGGCUGGACCCAACAAAACUUUUAAUAACUUUAGGUGCUUCUAUGUCUAUACAAGAUGAUGUCCAUAGAAAUACCCCAUUGCAUUGGGCCUUGAUAAGUCGGAAUCCAACCGCUAUCAGUAUUCUAGUCAUGAAAGGUUCACCAUUGACCAUAAGAAAUUCUAUAGGAUGUACAGCUUUAAAUUUAAUCAACGAGUCAAGAACAGAAGUUUGGAUAGGCCUGAAUACUUUAGAAAUUGUGGACAACAAAAUUAAACCAAAGAACUUUUUACUAAAAUUUAAUGAACAAACAAUAUCCAUCAUAUUUGUUGCUGUUACUUUUUAUGUAAUUGGAUUUAUAUUGGACUCUCAUAUGAUAUAUAUAGCAAAAUUAUGUUGCUUGAUAAUUGGAUAUUUAAUUAUGUAUAAAUUAAACCGAACAUAUAGAGCAGUAUCAAAAACACUACCUGUAUCUGUUUAUUUUUCAACAAAAUUUUGGAUGUACAUUACUUGGAUAUUUUGGAUACUACCGGUAGUAAGUUUCUGGUGUUCAGUUGGAUUCUUUGUUACCACAUCACUAUUGUGGUACAAUUUUAUGUACAGCUGGAAGGGUAAUCCAGGUUAUGUGCCAAACACUAAAAACGAUCAAUAUGCUGCUAUCAUUGAAUUGGCUGAGAGUUAUGAAUUCAGUUCAGAUGUGUUCUGCACUACAUGUUUGGUUAAAAAGCCAAUUAGAUCAAAACACUGUAGCAUUUGUAACCGAUGUGUGGCAAAGUUUGAUCAUCAUUGUCCAUGGGUGAACAACUGUAUUGGUGCUUCAAAUCAUCGUCACUUUGUGGGUUAUCUUAUAACUUUACUAAUGGCCUGUGGUUUUAUUAUAUAUGGUAGUAUAAGAUUCUUAAGUAUGACAUACCAAUUCAACGAACAAACAAAUAAUUAUAAUGUUUUCAAUGUAAUUUGGCAAGUUCUUAUAUUAGACUCAUGGGUUAGCUGGAUCAUGAUAAAUGCUAUUUUACAUUCACUGUGGGUAUCAGUGCUAUUAGGAUGUCAAAUCUAUCAAAUUAUAUGGCUUGGAAUGACUACUAACGAACGUAUUAAUGCUGCACGAUAUGAACAUUUUAUUCCUCAUGGAAAAGGUUAUGAAAGCCCAUAUAAUCGUGGCAAGUGUCAAAAUCUUUUAGAUUUUAUCCAGUGUCAUUGUUUUCAUAUUAGAUAUUUAAAUGAGAAAGUGUGGUUUAAUUAUUGUGAUUUUCAUUAUUUUACUGAAAAAGAGUUGAAUCUUUUUGUAAAACCUGACUUGGAAUAUGUUUAAGUGCUUUAAUUCAAUUUUCAAUUAGUAAUAAAUUUGCAUUUUACCAUUGGUUAAACAUUUCUAUUUAUAAUCCAUAACAUUACUAAUUAUUGAUUUUAAUAUAAAUAAUAUUAAGAUUUUUUCUAAUUUAA